AGCAGAUGUGGACGCCAGCAGCGGGGGCUUCCUGACGUCACGAGGCGGAGGGCCCCUCUCCGACACUCGCGGGCAGCGAGCGGGGGAGGUCUCGCGGCUGGCGUGCAGAGAUCACCUCACCGGGGCUUUUCAGGGCGGGGAGACACGGCGGCCGAGACAUGGGGCUUUCAGAAGGACGAGUUCCCCUCGAUAUGACCCGGCUCUUGACACGAGAACAGUCGAUUUCCGCUCUUUUAUGAAUAUCCCUGGCUCGUUGGCCUGCUGACAUCACCCUGGGCAAUGACCUUGCCCUGCUCCCCUCCUGCCUUCUCCCUUCCUCUCCUCCUCCCUCUCCUGCUGGUGCAAUCCUCCCUCUCUCAGUCCACGCUGCACUGGAAUGCUCCCCAGGACCCCUGCUACCACCCCGAUGGGCGUCCGAGACACUGCCUGCCCGAGUUCAUCAACGCAGCCUACAGGAUUCCUGUGCAAGUGGCGGGCCCAGGAGGUGUCCUGGAGAACGUCACCUCCCUCACUGACCUCCACAACCCCCACAACAUAAGUUGCUGGCUGGGGGGUCCCAGUGGGAUUGAAGAGUGGAGCCUGACGAUCCCACUGGGACGGCGUUUCGAGUUGACCUACAUCAGCCUCCAGUUCUGUCAGUCCGAGCUCCAGGAGUUUGGCUCCAUCUCCAUCCUGAAGUCCAUGGACUACGGCCACAGCUGGAGUCCUCUCCAGAACUACUCCUCUCAGUGCCAGGAGAAGUUUGGCUUUCUGCCCCACACGGCUGUGACUUCGAGGAGCCAGGAGAGCGAGCCCCUCUGCUCGGACCCUCGGCCCUUGCAGAGGCAUCGUGGGGGACUGGUCUUAGCCUUUUCCACCCUGGAUGGCAGACCCUCAGCUCCCGACUUUGAUUACAGCCCUGUCCUACAAGACUGGGUGACUGCUACCGACAUCAGAGUGGUCUUUCACAAAGAGGAGUCAGUUAGAAAGAAGGGGGCGGGGUCAGAACGUGAAGAGGGAGGGGCUCUGAGGUGGAAGGCAGGAAGUAAUGCAGGGAGGUGGAACCUUAAGAACAAAGGGGUGGAGCUUGGGAAAGACUUGCGGCAUUGGGUAAAAUCUCCUAGGGAGGUAGGCCUGAGCCCGAAAGGGAGGGGUAUCAAGAGAAAAGGGGAGGGGUUGAGAACCGGAAAGGGCAACCCUGGAUUGAAAGAGUCAGGGAGGGGCCAUAUGAAGGGAGAGAGGCUUAGCCCCGAUAAAGGAGAGCUGUACGGCACACACGGACAAAAUAUCACUGGAACAAGGGGAGGCUCUCGCACUGGGCGGAGAAGUUCUGCCACAAAGGGGGCGGGGCGUGGGAAGGGGAGGGGCCAGAAGAGGGCGGGGAAAGGGAAGGGGGCGUGUAGUAGAACGGACUGCCAUUGGAGUCCCAGUGGCGGCACGGAGGGCUCCCAGAGCAGGGAGCUAAGACGGAGACGGAACCACAGCCCAGCUCCCGCUCUGAAGGACUUGACCCAACCCAGCGGGGUGGUAGGAGGUGGCACGCAGCCUCCCCCUGCCUCCCCCCCCUCUGCCCCCCUCUCCCUCUCAGACUUGCAGGUGGGAGGCCGGUGUAAGUGCAACGGGCACGCCUCUCGGUGCCGGCGGGACCCCCAGGGGCGGGCGGUGUGCCAGUGCGAGCACGGCACUGCCGGGCCGGACUGCGACAUCUGCAAGCCCUUCUACUACGACAGGCCCUGGCAGCGCGCCACCCCCCAGCAGCCACACCAGUGCGUCCCCUGCCAGUGUAACCAGCACUCCAGCCGCUGUCGCUUCAGCAUGGAGCUGUACCAGCUGUCGGGGCGUCGCAGUGGGGGCGUGUGCAUGAAGUGUCGCCACCACACCACGGGGCAGCACUGCCACUACUGCCAGGAGGGCUACACCCGAGACCACGGCAAGCCCAUCAGCCACCGCAAGGCCUGCCGCCCUUGCUCUUGCCACCCGGUCGGCGCCCUGGGCAGGUCCUGCAACCAGACGACGGGACAGUGCCGCUGCCGGGAGGGGGUGACUGGGGUCACCUGCAGUCGCUGCGACCGGGGGUACCAGCAGAGCCGCUCCCCGACGAGACCCUGCGUCCGAAUCCAGGAAGUGGUCACGACCACCCCCGUCUUCCAGCCCCAGUACAGCGCAGGGGAGGGGUGUGACUCGUACUGCCAGCCACCUGCGGGGAGAGUCCGGAUGAACCUGCGCACAUACUGCCUGAAGGAAUAUGUGCUGAAAGCUCACGUCCAGGCAAUGGAGCGCUCGGGGUCCUGGUGGCAGUUUUCGGUUUCGGUCCUCUCGGUGUUCCGCAGCGGGACGCCCCGCGUGAGGAGGGGAGCCCAGGCCGUGUGGGUGCCCGAGAGAGACCUGGGCUGCGGCUGCCCCGCCCUGCAGGUGGGCCGCACCUUCCUGCUGAUCGGCAUGGCGGGGGGGCCGGACGACAGCCGCCUGGUGGCUGACCGCACCACCCUGGCCCUGCUCUGGAGGGACCACUGGGCCCCCAAACUGAGGGGACUGCGGGGCCAGGCCAGGAGAGGACAGUGCCAGAGCCCUCUGCCCCCCUCAGCUGCCCCGCCUAUGUCCUCACAGCCCCCCCAACCUCCGCACUGACACACUAGGGGGCCUCCUUAUUGUGCAACAAGCCCCGCGGCCCUCCCAGUGCACCAUGGGAAGACAAUCCGUUCAGGAUUUACGGAGCUGAUCAUGAGUUAAGACCAGGAUCCUCUGAGUCAGGCACUGUUAAACCCUGGGGCGGAGCAAUCCGUGAUACAGUCUGCGUUUUGCCCAAGCAGUGCCUCCUACAGGAUGGGGACUAGCUGUGUUCUACAAAACCAUAAGUAAAAACACAGAAUUGUACAUUUCAGAAGCCUGGUACGAGACUAAAAAGCUCAAAUCAUAGACUUGCACAGUUUAUUGCUUUUCAAUGUUUUGGAGAAGCGCUUUUAAACCUUCUCCAGCCUGUUAGACGUGCUUUCCUCUCACAUACUUGUGCCAACAUCUCCCUGGCACAACCAGACGGAUUCCUUGUUCUUGGCGUUUAGGAGCCCUGCCCAUAGCAGGGUCUGCCUGAAGAAGAUGGGCGGGUACAGUACUCUACAAGCUCUUGAUCGUCUGAGUCCUGCCACCCGUUCUUGAGGGAACGUCCUCUGCUGGUUCCACUUGUUCUCAGUAGGACUGUGAGAGGGGACGUUUUGGACCAGCAGAAGCAAGGGAAUCCUGUCUCCUGCUCCUUAGCCAAAACUGCAAAGCGUACACACCGAGAGAGACUAUUCAUGAGUGGGGGGGCUUCUCAUAUUUCGACAGGGGAAGUACAUGAAUGUGUAUGAAGGGGAUUCAUGCCGAGAGAAUAAUGACUCUUAAAAAAUGACUUUUUGCAUGAAAUCCUUUCUCAUGAUCACUAUACAACUCCCCCUGUUGUUGUUCACUGAUUUCAA